GUCGUCUCCGAUUCGAAAACCAAUCUCUCUUUCUCACUCCCACUUGUCCUUCAAUGGCGCCUAUCGAUCCACACUCGUUCACAGAGUCAUCACACCCACUGGCCACUCACAUCUCCCUCUCUCUCUUCUUCGACUUCUCAUCUUCCACCAUCCAUUCCUCCGCUCUCCUCUCUCUCCCCACCCCCCACUCCGGCCCUAUCUCUCUCGACACCCGCUCUCUCUCCAUCACCUCCGUCUUCGACCCCCUCACCAAAACCCCUCUCCCCUUCUCUCUCUCCUCUCCUUCCGACCCCAUCAAAGGCCAAUCCCUCACAAUUUCUCUCUCUAACCACUCCAAAUUCUCCAUCAUCUUCACCACCUCCCCCUCCAGCUCCGCCCUCCAAUGGCUCUCUCCGCCGCAGACCUCCACCAAGUCCUUCCCCUUUGUUUACUCUCAUUGCCAACCCAUUCACGCUCGAUCUGUGUUCCCAUGCCAGGACACCCCUGCCGCCAGGAUCUGUUAUUCUGCUCUGCUCAACAUUCCGAUCCACCUCUCGGCCGUCAUGGCAGCCAAGCAUGUCGGGCGCCGGAGGCCGGUGCCUGGAGAGCCUGCAAUAGCGAUUGACGAUUCGUUGUGGUGUUCGGAAGGGAGAGUGGUGGAGGAGUUUGUGAUGGAGCAACCGGUGCCGCCAUACUUAUUUGCCUUUGCAGUUGGGGAAAUUGGGCAUAGAGAGGUGGGGCCGAGGACUAGGGUUUACGCGGAGGCGGUGCCAGAGUUAUUGGACGGUGCAGCGAAGGAGUUUGCGGGGACGGAGGAGAUGAUUAAGGUUGGAGAGAAGUUGUUUGGGAAGUAUGAAUGGGAGAGGUUUGAUUUGUUGGUGUUGCCGCCGAGCUUUCCAUAUGGUGGGAUGGAGAAUCCGAGGGUGGCGUUCUUGACUCCGGCAGUGGUUAAGGGGGAUGGAAGUGGCGGACAAGUGGUGGCACACGAGCUUGCUCACGGAUGGACUGGGAAUUUGAUCACUAACAAGACCAAUGAACAUGUUUGGUUGAAUGAGGGUUUUACAACAUAUGCAGAACGGAGAAUUGUCGAGGCCAUUCAAGGAGUAGACAAGGCUGCACUGAAUAUUGGAAUUGGUUGGAGAAGUUUAGUUGAGGAAAUGGAGAGAUUCAAGGACAAUAUGGAGUUCACAAAGCUCAAAACAAAUCAGGACGGAGUAGACCCAGACCAUGUUUAUUCACCAAUUCCAUACGAGAAAGGUUUCCAGUUUCUAUGGUGCAUUGAGCGACAGAUUGGAAGGCCUGCAUUUGACAAAUUCCUGAAGAAAUACAUUGCCACAUUCAAGUUCCAAUCCAUUGACACCGACAUGUUUCUGAAUUUCCUAAAAGAGCAUGUCCAUGGAAUAGAGAUCAAGAUUGAUUUGAAAUUAUGGACCGAGGGCACUGGUAUCCCUCCCGAUGCCAAAGAGCCCGUUUCCAACAUCUAUACAAAGAUUGUGUCACUGGCAAAUGAGUUCAAGCUUGGAAGGAUGCCAAGGGAGGAUGAAGUUGCUGAUUGGCAAGAACAGGAGUGGGAGCUCUACUUGGAGAACAUACCCAAAUCUGUUGAGGCUUCCCAGGUCUCAGCAUUGGAUGCACAGUACAAGCUAGCUGAGUCAACAAACUAUGAUGUCAAAGUGGCCUUUCUCAAACUGGCCAUUUUGUGUGGGUGCAGAGACUACUACACUGAAACUGAGAAAACUUUGAAGGCAAAUGGGAGGAUUUUGUACCUUCGUCCCCUCUAUGCUGCACUUGCUCGACACAGCGGAAAUGGAGAAGAGAAGCUCUUUGCUCUAAGGGUGUUCUCAGAGGCUCGCCACGGUUAUCAUCCGAUAGCUCAAAGGGUCGUUGAGUCCAUCCUCUCUAAACAUGUGUAAAAUGAAAAAAAAGUACUCAUAGUCCCAGAAUAUGUGUGCAUGUUAUGCUCCUAAAUAAUAAGGCCAUGUAAAAUAGGAUAGAAAGAGUCUGCCUUAUCUCUUAUUCAACCUAUUGAGGUGUGUUGUGUUGGUUGCUAUUAUUAGUUUAUAAAUAUCAUGUCAAUAUGUUAAGUUAGUAUUUUAAAAUUAAUGAAUAAUUAAGUUGUAAAAUA